CUUGCCACUGAGUAGGAGGCAUAGUUGCAAUCUCACUCCUCAGUAUUGAUUGGAAGAUAAAGUAGAUGUUUUUGUGAAAGAAAAAUCCGUACUUUGAUGGCAAAUCAAAUCUAUCUCUAUGCCUAUAGCCCUACCUACGGAGGAGCUUCACCGCCUUCCGCCGCCGCUGCCACAAGCACUGCCAGUACCCUUUCCUCCAGCCGGUAUCUUUCUGCCGAUAUGUAUUAUCCUCAACGAAAAGACGCCGUUAUUCGAUACUCCUCUUACGCCGCUUCCGAUGCCGACAUUGGCCCACCUGGUGUUUCUACCAGACUCUCCAGUGCCGCCGCCGGGCAAACAUCUUCCACCGCUUCCCAGUUACUAUCUCAAGCUUCUUGGCCUGCUGCUAUUGCUGCAGCUGCCGCUGCUGCAAAUGUUGGGUCGGCUUCACUGGAUUCGAUAGUUAACAUGAAGCGCUCCUCUGAUGCGCUCUACCAUCCAACCGUUUUGCAAACCCAUAACACAAUUGGGCAAAGUGAAGCAUGGUAUUCUACGAAUUCAUUAACAAAGCGCCCUAGAUACGAGAGUACAAGCAAUUUGCCUAUAUAUCCACAGAGACCAGGAGAGAAGGAUUGUGCACACUAUAUGCUCACAAGAACCUGUAAAUUUGGAGAUUGCUGCAUAUUUGACCAUCCUAUUUGGGUUCCUGAGGGUGGAAUCCCAGAUUGGAAAGAGGUUCCAAAUGUUGUUACAAGUGAGGCUCUUCCUGAGAGACCAGGAGAACCAGAUUGUCCAUACUUCCUCAAAACUAAGAGAUGCAAGUUUGGUUCAAGGUGCAAGUUUAAUCAUCCAAAGCAUUUGUUUGAAAAUGCUGAUGUUUCUGUCUUACCUGAGAGGCCUUCAGAGCCCCCAUGCGCGUUCUACAUGAAAACUGGAAAGUGCAAGUUUGGUGUUACCUGUAAAUUUCAUCACCCAAAAGACAUACAGAUUCAGCUGUCUGAAGAACAGAAUGGUGCCAUUGAGCAGACCCAUUUGAUUGUUAAUCUUACUGGAGCUUCAGGGGAUACACAAUUGUCUAAUCCUUUUAGUUCGUACACUGCUCCUGUAUUGCAUAAUAGCAAAGGACUUCCUAUGAGACUGGGUGAAGUAGAUUGUCCAUUCUACAUGAAAACUGGCAGUUGCAAAUAUGGUGCUACAUGCCGCUACAAUCAUCCUGAUAGGAAUGUAAUUAAUCCACCUGCUGCUGGGCUAGGCCAUUCUGUUUUGACAUCAUCAGCUGCUAAUUUUAACUUUGGAAUUGUUAAUCCAGUGGCAUCAAUUUAUCAAGCUAUUGACCCCAGAUUGUCAAGUGCAACGUCUCAGGUGGGAAUAGCAUCAACUGUCUAUCCCCAACGACCAGGACAGAUUGAGUGUGAUUACUAUAUGAAGACUGGAGAGUGUAAAUUUGGGGAAAGAUGUAAGUUCCAUCACCCAAUUGAUCGGUCAGCUCCAUCACUGUCAAAUUCAGCCUCACAGCAAGCUGUUAAACUCACUCUUGCAGGACUACCAAGGAGAGAGGGUGUUGUAAUCUGUCCGUAUUAUUUGAAAACUGGCACCUGCAAGUUUGGUGCAACCUGCAAGUUUGACCACCCUCCUCCUGGAGAAGUUAUGGGAUUGGCAAAGUCACAAGGAGCAAGUGAAAGCGAUGAAGGAGGAGAGGAAGCCGAAGCCAAUGAAAAACAGGCUGAUUCUGUUCUGGUAAAGGGCUGAGAUCUUGUGGGAACAAUGCCAAGUCAGUGAUGGGUCCUCUUAGUUUCAGCCAUGGCUUUUAUUUUUAUUCAUAUCGUGAUGUCUAAAUUGCUUGGUUUUAGCUAAUCACUUGUUCUUCACUCUCUUUAACUCGUAGUUGACUUGCAAAAUGCAAUCUACUCGGAUGGUGUACAAUUGAUGUUUUGUAACUACUUUUCUCAAGUGACAGUUCAGAGUAGAAGACUAGUAUCAACGAUUGUGGUUCGUGUCAGGCCAAAAAAAAAAAAAAACGAUUGUGGUUCAUGUCGUGGAAAGAAUAUUUUGAUGUGAUAUGCUUUCUCCUGUUUUCA